UGCGACAGGUGAACGGACGGAAGUGCUAUCAGGGAACAGAGAAACUUUGUUGACGUCUGACAACAGACUGGUACUGGCACAACAGCCCUGUGGGUCUUGCCUUUAUUUUGGUUUUGCUAGAACAAGCCUUCAGACCACGAAUCGGAAAAACUUGGCCAGCCAAGUAAGCUACACAGAUAUAAAGUGAAUUUUCUAAGUCUGCACAGGCUGGUCCAUCCAUCACGUAACAGACCAGUGUAGCAGUAUGUGGGAUUUGAAGCGUCAUCAAACCAAGCCAAGUCAAGCCAAACCCACGUUGGCACGUAUGCCCCUACCCACCCUGCUGUGAGACUACUGUGUAGCUAGCCAGACUUUCCCAGUACAUCACUUUACAAUCUACCGUUUAUUUAAUAAUAACAAAAAUAUGCCCCGCCAGCCGCAAGGCUUCUGUGCCCGCCUCACCCGUCGUGCCAUCAGCGCACCGCUAGUCAGGUGAGUGGUAUUUAAUCACUCGCGGGAGUUUAUGGCUGUCUCAUCUGGCUAGAUGAGCGCUCUUCCCGUUUCCCUCCACCUGUUGCAUUCUCGCUCCCACGAUCCGUGGCAGUUGGCUUUCUACUCUCUACACGGGGCUUGUUUGGUGCAGGGCAGUAGGAUCCACGUGACGUCAGUCAACAUAACCCAGUUCGAAUUUUUUUUCGACGCUACUGCUACAACAACUGCUUCUACAUGUCCUUUCGUGCACUUUCAUCAGACUAGGGGCCUAUAGUUUGAGGCUGUAGGACCCACGAAACAUAAACAAACCCGGAUUAUUCUAUCAACGCUACUGCUACACCACCACCGUCUCCAACAACAACAACAGCAGCAACAACAGAAGUUACAACAACUACCACUAACGUGUUUUCUUUUACGCGUUGUGGUGGUGACAGAGGCAGCGACUCUUCUCCGCGAGGGACACCACACGCGCGCACGCUCGCCACCCACCCACCCACCCACUCACGUAGCGAGUGAGAAGAGAAGGACACUUCACUUCGUGGUGGCACCCCACCAUACACAUACAGUAACACACCAACAAUAAGCAUCAUAAUUUACAGUGCGUAAAAAGGCCGGCCCGAUCUACUUCAGCGCACGCUCUCCCCGUCCUCUCCAUCUCGCCCGGCGACGUCCCCACACCUGUGGAUUUUGACCAGUCAUUUUUGGCUUACACGUGUGCCAAUUGUUUAUCCACCUGUGCGCUCGCACUUUAUGGCCCCUGUGCUAAAGAUGAAGAUCAGAUGAGAUAGGUGUUUCCCGCACGGCUUACAUGGACUUUGCAUCAAGAAAAGUAACUGGAAUACACUAAUUGGUCAACAUGCCUGUAGAUCGCAGAAAAAACAAAGCAGUGGAGAAGACAGAAUGGAUCCCUCCCAUUCACAACUACACCAUUGACUUAACACUGCUAACAGAGUCAGAGGAAGCUAUGUUGAAUGAUGUCAUUGAGCGGGAUCUUGCCAUCAGCAAGUCAGUGGACUCUAGGGUCAGUAAACUAAAGAAAGAAAUCCAGGCUAUCCGUGUGGCUGGGGCUCUAAGCCCAGGUGAUGACCAGAACGCCAUUUGUGCACGGUGCAAGUACAAGUUCUGGUCAUAUGUGUGUCCUUGGGCUGACCACGGCAAACGCUGCUACAGCUGCAAGUUCAAGGUGUGCAAGAAGUGUCGCUUCCUGCAGUCCAAUGGCCUCUUCCUCUGCAGUUUGUGCUUGAAGCAGAGGCAAGAAAAGUGGCUGACUGGAGAGUGGUUUAAUCCAGGAAUUGUUGGAGGUCUUGUCGGAUCUGACUUGCUUCAGGCAUCAAUUAGGGACAAAGAGUAUUACGCGGGCCUGCACUCCAGCCGAAAGAACAGAAAUGAUCAAGAAGAGAAGAAACCAGAGAAAUCCACGCCAUCCCCAUGGAAAUCUCUCCUUACUAAGAUAGAAAUAGAGAACCAUGGUAGUAUGACACCUGUUGCUCAGGAAGAUUUGGCAGGCGGGGAGGACAAGGAGGAUAAAGACAAGAAAGAUGGCAAGGAGAAGAAGAAGAGCUCGAAGAAGACAGCAGGCAAAAGCAAGGAUGAUAAAAAGAAAAAGAAGAAAAAGAAGAAGAAGAAAAAGAAGAGAAAGAAAAAAGUUCAAGGCGUAAAGGAAAAAAAAAAGGAUGGGAAGAAAAAAGAGAAAGGUGAAAAGGGUAAAGGAAAGAAAAGAAAGGACAAAAAUGCCUCUCACAAAGAUGACAAUGAGAACAAAAAUGAGUAUUUUGAAGAGGCCAAUGGCUCCCACCCAGACAAGGAGGUUCACAGUUCAGGGCGACUGAGAGGAAGGUCUGGCCAUCGGAGACGAAAAGCCAAGCACCGGCAUAGAGAUCGAUCGGAUAGUGAUGACCAAAAUUAUGUGGCACGAGCACAUGCUUUAGAUUACAGCUCCGUACCUACUGUUGCAGCCCUUGAAAAGACCAAUCACUUCAGAUGUGAGGGAGAAGGAGAUCACCACGUGAACCAGUUGCCAUCACUGUUUUGUGGUGCUGGAGAAAAGCUGUCUUUUGUCAAAAAGCAACAACAAAAGGUGUUCAGUCGCUCAAAAUGCUCAAAGGCUCUGCAACUUCCAGUCAACCAUUGUGCUGACUCCAAAUCUAGAGUAACAGGAGAAAAUGUAUUAUUACCUUCUUCUCUUGUGAGCAUUUGCAAGGAAGAUACAAUGCCGAUUUGCAACGGGUCUGAUGGUGCUGAUGAUGCAUACAAACAAAUGUGGCUGCAAGACAAAAAACAAAAGGAGGCUGCUCCUCCCAAAAAAUUGACUGCUGAAGACACUGAUUGUCACACCAACAGGAGCCGAUCAAGGAAGUUAAGCUGCCGAGAACAUGAUUCUCUCACUAGAAAUGUAGAUAUGAAUAAACCGUGCAACAUAAAAGAUAUUUCAAGGUCACCUGGUGAACGUGAACGUGAGUUGGAUUAUAAAUCAGUUCAAAUGAGGGAUCAUGUGUUUGAGGGAAAACCUUGUCUAAAGUCAUCUUCCCUCAAGGCCAGUGGAGAUUUUGAUGAGAGACAUCACAGCAGAGGAGCUGAUACUCCCCUGAGCUCUGAAAAAUACCAGGGGAAAAACCAGAUAAUGGCUUCUCGGGAACAGAAGGCCAUCAAUACAUCAACUGUUAGCAGUUUGCUAACACUGUUGCCUUCAGAUAUGAAUUACAAUUUUCAGCCGGCUGCAAGGAGAGAGAAAACUCCUCAGAGACAGCCUGGGAGCCAUGGAGGAAAAAAGAGGAGAAGACUGCCAGCUGUCCAUCCAGACAAUGCUGGAGAGAAAAGUGUUGACAGGGAAAGCACAACAAAGAUGGCCAAGCAGAAGGCGAUGGAUGAAAAGACAAAGCUUGUCUCUGCUCAGAGACGGAGCUCAUACUCUCAUGCUUUGGAGAACCAAAAGGUUUCGGUGAUCCUCCCUCCAGGUAAUGAUAACUGGACUGACUUGCAUGCGCCUGUGGCAGAAAGCCAGUCUAGCCUGAAUGUUGAUUCUGAUGAGGAGAAAAUAGAUAGCUCAGAGCCUGAGGUUGAUUCUCUGACCUCUUCCUUUCGCUCUGGCUCUUCUGUUGCAACUGCUAACCUUGACACCAGUUCUGCUGAUACUAAAAGCAUGAGUGGCAUUAGUGUGCACAGUGAGGAAAGGAAUUCAGGUCAACAACCUUCAUAUUCUGAUGAAGGAAAUAGAGUUAACAGCAUUAAUCAAGUCGAACACCCGAACAGUUUGUCGAGCAUUCACCGUCAACAGAUGCUAGACUCCAGUCACCAUGGCAAUGGUGUCGUUUGUGAUCCAGCAGAGCCCAAGAGCAGCGCAGACAGUUUUGAAGAAGUGUACAACUCCAAUGUGAGCCGCCUCAUGGAAAUGAUGACCGGAGCUCCUCUCGAGGCAUCAAGCUUAGAGGCAGACACCACGGGCCCUGGCUCCAAACACAAGCGAGAGUUGCCAAGAACACCGAAAAAUGGUAAGAGUAAAGAGUUGUUACUUCAGAAAUCUUUGUCACUGUCUGAAGAAGUAGCUGCUAGUGAAGAACUUCUUAAGUCUGAAAGAGACUCUGAGAAAGGUUUCAAUGAUGAUGAUAGGCUUAGUUUUAAUGCUCUUGCAGAGAGUUCAAGUAAAUAUGAAGCCCAGUCCGCCGGAAAGGAGAAAUAUGAGAAACGAUCUCUUCCUGUGGUCACUUCAUCUACCUCACAGUUGAACCAUAAACAGCCUGUUCCAGUUAAAUCAAGCCUGCCUGUCCAGCCAAGGUCGGAGCACGGAGAAGGGGACCAAUGUGACUUAGACAUACAGGAAAUUAAAGACCAAGUCUUACCUGUGAGCCCCCAGCAUCAACAAGUGAAGGGUCAGAUGGAAGAAAUGAUUGAAAGAACAGAUCAUGGAGAGGCAGGCUCUUCCAAAGUCAAGCCAGCGCCCAAGUACACCCUGCCACAGCAAGUGAAAGAACAAAAAGAAGAGCUGUCCAGAACUUCAGAGCACGCAGUCCCAGACUCCCUCAAAGUUUCUCUGUGCCGCUCAGGUUCCAGCGUGUCCGAUUCAUUAAGCAUUAUCACUGAAGUGUCUGAGCCCUGUGGUGAAGCUGAGUGUCUGCCAGACCAGCAGGAUUCUGACAGUGACGACACAUUGUAUGAGGGCAGUCUUGAUAGCCUCAGUGAUGAGGAUGAAUACUAUUGCAAAGACUUUAAAGCUCCCUCUGAUGGUGACAUUUUGGCGGAUAUGACAUCUCAAAGUUUAGGUCAUGGGUCGGACUCAGAGAAGGAGCUAGAGUCCUCUGUGGCUUCCCGAGAGACGACUGAAUCUGGAAGAGACAUCAACUCCGUGGAGGAGCUGUUCAGACUGACUGAGGAUGAGCAGCAUAAUAGAAAUUCAGACAUAUUGUCUAGUCACAAGAGUGACAAAACUGAUAUCAAAUCAAAACUGAGUACUAAGUCUGUUACUUUUGCUGUUGACGAGUGUGAUGAGAGCCUGUCGGAUAGCAGUAGAGUGGAUGUUGAAGAAAUGUUGGAAGAUGAUGAAGAAGGUGGUGAGGGUGGUGCCGAAAUUAAUUGCCCCUCUGUGGGUAUUGACUUAGGUAUCCCACAGCACGGCCAAGAGAAGCCAACUCUGCUGUCCUUAGCCGGUGGUGAAUCGUACAGCCAGCCACAGUCACUUCCUGUUGCCUCUGUGGAUUUGGAUGGCUCUGCACCUUUCCAGCGGGGCCACAUUGGUGUUGGGGGUGAUGGUGUUACCACUAAUACUAACUCAGCUUUAACAGGGGGACAGCAGCCCCAGAAUCAGAUUUCCCUGUCUGAUUUGGGGCCCAGCAGUGAGGAAUCGACAAGAGACAGUGAUAGCGGAGUAACCAGCAGCCAUACAAGCCGCACCAACACACCUGAACAAAGACAGUCCUUAGCACCCCAACACGCAAAAUCUCAACCAAGUCGGCUGCCCUUGCCGUCGAUUUCCGUGACAAACUCUGGAGAAGAGAGAGACGGAGAAGAGGAUGAUGAUAUAGAUGAACUGUUUAGCCAACACCAUCCUAAUAUGCUAGGCAGCCGCAGUAGCCUUGCAGACAGUCGUGAGAGUAUCUACAGCGUGUACAGCAAUGCGGGGGAGGUUAACUAUGGCCGUAUCCCAGUAACGGGGGACAUCAAGCUCCACCUCAGUUACGACUACAAGGCCAAGGUUAUGGGUGUUCACAUCAAGGCCUGCAGGGACUUGGCCCCGGUUGACACCAAGCACAAUAGAUCUGAUCCCUAUGUAAAAACCUACCUGUUACCAGACAAAACUCGAGGGAGCAAAAGAAAAACCAAAAUCAAAAAGCACACCCUAAACCCAACAUUUGAUGAAGUACUGAAGUAUCCAAUCUCCAAGACUGAGCUGGAGUCUCGCUCCUUGUGGAUAACGGUGUGGCACAAUGACAGGUUUGGCCGAAAUGACUUUCUUGGAGAAGUGACCAUACCCAUGGACUAUUACAGGUUCGAAGAGAACAGCCCCACAUGGUAUACCCUGCAGGAGAGGGUUGCUCCAGAAGACACAUCUCUGAUGACAUACAAAGGUGACUUGUUCAUCUCUCUCAAGUAUGUCACAGCGGACAUGAUGGAGGCAAGCAACAAGAAGAAGUCUGGAUCCUCACGCAAGAGUAAAGCCAAGGACAAGGAUUCUAAAUCACAAGCCGGACUUGGGGAGGUGCAUGCCCUCAUAAGAGAGGCACAGAAUCUCACAGCAAUGAGGGCUGCAGCUGGGUCGAAUUCUUUUUGUAAAGGCUACCUGCUCCCUGAUGAGCGGCACAGCAGCAAGCAGAAAACGCCAGUGAUCAAGAAGACAACCAACCCCAAGUGGUCUCACACGCUGGUGUUUGAGGGUGUGGAUCAGGAUCAACUGCACCUCCACGGCCUGGAGCUCACCAUCUGGGACCAAGAAAAACUUUCCAGUAACGACUUUCUCGGGGGAGUGCGUCUUAACCUCGGGGAAGGCUCGUAUCAAGGUAAAGUGGUGGACUGGAUGGAUGCCCAUUCUGAGGAGGCAGAGGUGUGGCGUAGCAUGAUCAACCACCCUAAUGAAUGGAUCGAUGCUCAGCUGCCUCUACGUGCUUCCAUGGGAAAACAGAACGUGAAAAAAUAGUCUUGCUAUGGCACUGUACUUCG